CUCCAACACAAGUCCUAGGUUUAUUUAUAAGUAACGUUAACUUCGCAGCUGCUUUCUCUCUUUUCUCUCUUUGCUGCUCCUCCUCCUCUCUUCUUCCAUCGCAUUCCAACGCCGCAAUCUCAAUCUCAUUCUCAUUUCACUCCACCGGCAAACUUUGAAGGGAUAAUCUGAUGGCCCUGCUGGUCUGUUCCUAGAAAAUUAUAGAGUAAGCCAAAGUUAUCUUUGAAAGUUGCAAAGAUAAGGAGAAGGUGGAAUAGAAAGGUUUGAGCGACAUGGGUAACAGUGACAAGCCUACUGUUAAGGUUGAGCCCUUUGUGGAUGAACCAAUUAACCCUACCAAAGCCUUUGAGGACACAGAGGUUGAUAUACUGAAUUGGACAAAUAAGGGUGAUAUCGCUUCUAACAAAAAUGAGGACCCUGAUGCAACUGAAUAUUCAAGCUCAUUUGCCGAUACAACAUCUGAAGCUGAAAAUGAUGCUAGAUUGAGUGAUGUUGAAGUGGAAUCAGAGCUAAAUGAAAGUGACUUGGAGGAUAGUUUUGGUGCUAUAUUCCCCAUAAGCUCUAAGAAGAUGAAGUUGUCAGAUCAUUGGAAGAACUUCAUACAACCUAUAAGAUGGCGUUGCAAAUGGGUGGAACUGAAACUUAAGCAAUUUGAGUCACAAGCAUUAAAAUAUAGUGAAGAGCUUGCAGAAUAUGAUAAGAGAAAACAUGGGAAACCUGAUCAUUUCACCUUGGAAGAGAAAGGUUCAAAGUCAUUUCCAUUUUUGAAUGAUGUGUAUAGAAGUAAGGCCAGAAAGAGAAGGAAAAGAAAGAGAGUUGAGGAAACACCUGAUUUGGCAUCAUAUACAUCGCAUCAUGUUCUUUUCUCCUAUCUCGAGAAUAAGAAGUCUGAUGCUGAUGGCGCUUUGGCUGAUGAUUUUGAUAAUCCAGUGAUCAAAGAGGCAUGUGAAGAUUCAACAGAUAGAGUAGGCGAUGAUGACGAACAAUCUUUCUUUGAGUUUAGUGAGGCUGAUGCUUCCUUGGAGCAGAUACUUUGGUCAAUUGACCUCAUGCAGUCUAGAGUCCACAAGAUGAAAAACGAUGUCGAUGCGAUCAUGACCACAAAUGCUUCCAAGAUUUCUCCAUAUGAGAAUUAUUGCUUUCGUUAUGAUGAUGAGGGUAGUAGCUCUGCUCGGAGUCCUAUGAACUCUGGAGAGAUUGGAGACACAGCAUCUGUUGGGGGUGUCUAUAAUUCAACUCAGCAUGCACCUGAGUUUGAUUUUGGAGACUUCAUGAUGGCUGAAAGUACUGUUUCAGGUUAUGGAAAAGUUGCAACUGUUCCUGAUAUAAUAGAGAGCACUGUGGGCUUAUUGUCUUCUGCUGAUGUUACCCUCCACCAGGACUUCGUUGGGGACUCAUGUGAAGAUAUGGUAGACAAUGUAUUGAUGCACGAGGUAGCUGAGACUGUGGAACACACCUUCAAAGAUGCAAGUCAUGUUGUGAAGGUUGAGGACAUGGUGAAAAUUGAAGAGGAAGAAAGCGUGCCUCCUGUUUCUCAAGAGGAAUCUACUCUCAAGCCCUGUGUGAAUAGAGAUGUUAACCUCCCCAAGAAUAAAGGAAAGCGUGGGGAGCGAAAAGGAAAAGCUGGUUCAGGUAGUUGGAGCAUGAAAGGUUCUGGGGAAUCUGAUAACCCCUGAAUAAGACUUCUCAAUACAAAAUAAUUUGAAGCUCAUGUUCCCCUUUUCUAAAGUUGUCAUAAGAUUUUAGAUCAUAGUGAAUAAGUAUUAUAGAGUCGUUUCUAGAGGGACCCUAUAGUGAACACCCUCAUUUUCAAUUUGAUCCUUUGCCUAAAGUAUUUGAAUUUACGGGGAAGCCUUGGCGCAUCGGUAAAAAGUUGUUGCCAUGUGACUUGGAUUCAAGGCUGUUUCGGUACAACCUUUUUCUAGACCCUGCGCAUGUAGGAGCUUUGUGCACUGGGCUGCCCCCUUUUUUUACCUAAAAUAUUUGAAUUUUGUCCUUACAUGUACAAUUAUGUGUUGUUUGGAUUAAAAUGUUAUAUCUUUUGUCCCUUUGCAUGA